CCUACCUCACUUCCCAAUCUACCUUCAGACAAGCGGUUGCAUACUUCGCAGACGUGUUUAAUAUGACGAGGCCGCCGCCCUACACGGUGCAUCUAGAUGCGGAUGUCGCGCAGCAGCUGGCGGAGCAAGGCGGGGCGCUGCUGGUGCUUGGUCUGCCUGAAGGCUCAUACUUUGGGAUAGACCACAUGGCCUUCCACGUCGGGCCCCGCUUCCAGGGCGUAAAAAUGCUGCCGCCUGGAGUCCAUUUCGCGGCUUACAGCGUCCCGGGCUCUGCCCGCCAUGGAGGCGGAAUGGGGCCGCUCACAGGGUUCUUCUUCAGCGUGGACAAGGGCACGGGGAUCGCCGGGGGCGGAGGUCGGGGCGGCGGCAGCAGCAGCCACACACACGGCACGGUGGUGGUACGGCGCUACGACCGCCAGCAGGAGCUGCUCGUGGAGAUGCCGGAGGAGGAGGCGGAGCGCUACGCGGGCGGCGUCCGGCGCUUUGACUUUGACUCCGGCCUGGCGCCGUACAACCUAACCGCCUGGCGCCAGUGGCGGCAGUUGACCAACUACCUCGACGUACGGCACGUGUCUGAGCUGCAGCCGGUGGGCGGCAACAUUUGUACGGCGGCGGAGGCGGCGCCCGCCACUGGCGGCAGUGCGGCGGCAGCUGGAGCAGACGGCGUGGCGGCGGCGGGAGCGGCAGGAUCGGCAGGGGAGGUGGAUGUGGGAGGCCUGGAGGAGGAGGAGGGGCCAGAGAGCGAGGCGGAGGGACGGCUGCGGCUCCAGCUGGCGGAGGGGCACGCGGCGCGAGCCGCGGCUGCCGCGGCAGUAGCAGCAGCAGCAGCUGCUUCUGCGGCGGUAGCAGCAGCAGCAACAGCAGCAGCAGCACCCACGGCAGGCGCCAUGGACGUGGACAGCCCUCCAGCCGCCACAGCCACAGCGACAGCCGCAGCAGCUCUCGAAACGUUAUCGGGGGCGGCAACUACCGUAGCCGCCACCGCCACUCCCGCCGCUGCCGCCUCCGCACCUUCCACCUCUGGGCGAUGCUUCUACACGCCGCUGCACCGGUUGGUGAAGACCGCAGGCCUGACGCCGGCGCAGCUGACGGCUGCCAACAUGGACCGCAGCAACCAGCUGGUGGCGGCGGCGGCGCUGCACUGGGGCGGCGACGUGCGGGGGCUGGUGGGCGAGAUGCAAUUCGCGUUCGUGGCGUUUGUGUUCGGGCAGUCGCUUCAGGGCUUCCGGCAGUGGCGCGCGCUGGUCACGCUCUUCCUCAAUUGCGAGUCUGCGGCGCUGUCGCCCUCGCCGUCCGCGCCCGCCUUCGCCGCCUUCCUGGCGGCACUGCGCUCGCAGCUGUCACUCGCCCUCACGGAUGCAGCGGCGCCGACGGGCGGCGCCGGCGGCGCGUCGGCAGAUGAGAAUGCGCUGCUCGCAGGCGCCGGCCACGGGGCUCUUGUGGAGGAGUUGCUGCUGGGCGGCGGCGGGCGCGACUGUUUCCUGCGCCACCACCUGGCCACCUUCCUGGCGGUCCUGCGGGAGGCGGCGCCCGGCGAGGUGGAGCCGGCGCUGGCGGCAGAGGCGGCCGAGCUGCGGGCGCUCCUGGGGCGGCUGGUGGGCUGGCAGUUUGAUGGGCUGGAGCUGCUGGGGGAGGACGAGGAUGACGAGUACGCCCCGGUGGUGGUUGAGCUGCCCGAGGGCGUGGAGCUGUAGGUAGCUGGCCAGUGCUCGUAUCUUCCAUCUACAUAGAAAUCUGCCCAAAAUCCGCCGAAGGCGGAGAAACAUUUUUGGGUUUGGGUGCCGCGCAUCUACGCAGGUGUAGACAUUUUUGGCCGGUUUUGGCGCAAAGAUGGGGGAAGCGUAGACGUUUUGGGGGGCUUGGGGGCUUAAUUGUAGAUGCCGCGGUCAGGGUCAUCUACGCAUGUGUAGAUGCCGGGUGCCUGAGGGCAUCUACAAGAUACGAGCACUGCAGCUGGCUUUCGCAUUGUGUAGCAUCGUCGAUACCGGUAGGUGGGGUGCGGCCAGCUGCUCUGGCGGGGCUUGCAUGCCGGCAGUCAGAUUGCAUUGGUUACAAGAGGGACCUGCUGAUAGUCAGUUGUUGUUUGAUGGCAUGUUGGUUUGGACGGAAGCCUGCUGUUGUGGACCCGGGGCGAUGCGUUGUAGGAAUCCCUGGGUCUGAUGCGAAUUGUGGGGGGUAGGGUUUAAAUCAGCUCCUCCACAAGAGUGGGGCGCGAGGAUUGCGCAUUUUACACGGAGUCCAGUACUGUAGUGAACCCGUGUUGGGUCUGAAUGUCCGAUGGAGGCAUGGUGGCACCACGCGGUGGUGAAGC